AUGGAGGAGGAGGAGAAGAAGAAGCUCCACAUUUCCUCCAGAGAGUCUUCCAGGGUGAUCUACCUCCAGGUGCUUCCUUCGUACCUGCUGGCCGGGAUGGGCAUGGUGACGGCCGGCAUGCUGCUGGACCUCGUGCAGGUCAGUGACACCAGCACAGAUCUUGUGUAGUCUGGACUACAGGAGGACAGGAUCAAGAUUGUCUGCACCAAAAAUCAAAUUCAAAGGCAAAAACAUGGCAGUUUUAGAAUUGAUUUAUCACAUUUAUCUGAGAGAAUUUGGGAAGUGAUGCAGGACUCAUUGUUAGAUUUUCUAAUAGUCCAACUAAGAAAGAGACCUUAACAGGAAAAUGAUCAGAUAAUUAUUCCACCUGGACUGCAGACACCAUAUGUGUCCACCCGUGUCUUCAUCUCUCUGACUCUUGAUGUCUCUCCAUGUCUCUUUGAGGUGAAUGGACUGAGCUGUGAGCUGCUGCUCGUGGUGGUGGUGGUGGUGUUGUGGGUUUGGAUGUCAAAGUGACCUAAUGAGGCUACAAAGUGACCUUGCCCCAUGAGAACAAAUAAAGCCUCCAAAGUCCACAAUGAAUUUAGUAGUGGUAUGAAACUAGGUGUAGGUUGAAAUAAAUAAAACACAUAGUAGGAUUAAACCUGGCUCUAGUUGUUAAUUUAGGCACACUGAAUAGAAACACGUGAUUAACUUGUCAUGGAAAUCAUUCAUCUUGUAUCAGAUUAUAAAUUUCUUAUUGAUCGCUAAAUGCAAAGGACUUGAAUCAAAAGGCAGCUUCCGCUUCCUUGUUUGUCAUGUUUUAAUUCACCACUCGCUUACAGGAGAGCUGCAGUGAAUCAUCACAAACACUCAGACACGUUGACAGAAGCAGUACCUGCUGCCUGCCUUUGGACAGAAGUCAGUAUGAGUCCAUGACAAGUAAUGAUACAUUCAGGGAUUAGAAAAAGCUAUUAGAGUUGCCUCGGGAGUAGAGCCUGAGGUGGUCUGAGUUCAGAUUUUUUCCCAGUUCUUUUAUUCCCACCGAGUGAUUUGAUUUCAUUAUUAUGCAUGUAUUCAGGCAGCACGAACCUCCAGGAAACAAUCUUUAACAGCUGUUGCUUCACAAGGCAAAUUACAACGUGAAGUCAGAAGGGGGAGCUGCAGAGAGUAGAGAACCCAUCCCAAGCCAUGUCUCAAGGACACUUUCCAGCUGAGUCACUGCCUGUGUGUGUGUGUGUGUGUGGACAUUGUCUGUACAGGCGUGUGUUCCUCCCAUGUGGUGUGAACAAAGAAGCAACGAGAGGUCAAAGACUAGAAGGCAAGACAAAGUACCAGAACAUGUUUUGUUUCUGUCUUUCUUUUGCACUUAAAUAGCAGUUCAGGUUUACGUCCAGGCUGUUGAUUUUCAUCUGACCUUUGCAAAUGUUUAUGUAACGGAAGAGCAAAUUACACAACGAAGACAGGAAAGACAGAAACAGACAAGUGAGUGAUGUAAUGAACCCUGACGGACUGAAAAAAGUCCAGGGGAUGACAGCUGGUGGCAGCCUGUGUGUUUCCUCCAAUCAAAGAGGGUAAUCUGUGCCCUCCAGGCGGCAGCAGCAGCAGCAGCAGCAGCAGCAGCGCCACGUGUUGGUGACAGGUACAGCACCUGCUGCUGCUCAGAGUGCGUCACCCACUUACAGUGAGGACAUCGAAGAGCAGGGAAAGGAGGCGCUAUGAACGAGGGGGAGAGCACAGCUGCGGCAUCCUCUGAGCUGCUCUGAAAAGAAACCAAGAGGAAGAGGAACGCUGAAGAAAGAAGAGUCCCAAUACACUCUGAUCACCUUGUUUUAACACAGACGUCUGCAGCGUCACCCCCCCAACACACACACACAGUCACAGACACUGUCCUCCGUCUUGUCCCUCCCUCCUCCACCGCAGAACGCUGUCACGACUCAUCUGUCCGUCUGGAGUAGAGAGGAUCCCUGGCAGUUAUACAGCAGUCGCCGUGACUCUUCAGAACAAGCCUCCAACAUCACACUGUCCAUCAGUGUCCACAGCUCACAGCCUGGACGGACAUCAAAAUGAGGAAGGGGCUCCAGAGCUGUCAAGCUCACACAGGGCAGCAGCACAGCAGUGAGGAGAAAGAGAAAGAGGUUUGGAGGGACAAGGAGUGGCAGCACAGGAGGGCUGAGAAGAAACUGCUGGCCUUCUGGAUGUCCUUGUCCCACAGGACCUGGACCUUCUUCAGGCCCCGCGAGAGACCGGGCUUCCAGCGCUCUGCCUCAGCUGCCCGGCUGCUGAAGAGUGAGGCGUGAAGGGGAGGAAGUGUGCGCGCGCGUGUGUGUGUGUGUGUGUGUGUGUGUGUGUGGCUGUAGCGAGUGCUUGUGUGUAGAAGUCUGUCAGUAGCAGAGUGUCAUAAGAGGCCUCACAGACCUGCGGUCAAGUGGACUCGUGUAUGUGUGUGUACAUGUCGUAAUAUGUGUGCACUCCAUUCAAGUGGAUGAAAGCAGCCUCCUCCACCUAGUCCACCAUUUGCAGAAGUACUUUGUGUUGCUGCCUGACCAGUGCUGGGGUGACAGGUGAAGGGCAAAACGAGCAAAACAAGAAUCCCUCUGUUGCAGAUUUGUUUUUUUUGUUGUUUUUUUUUUUUUGUGCAACUACUUGAAGGAAAAGAAAGAGGACGAAGUAAAGACAGGUUCUGUUCCCUGAGUUGAAAUGGAUCAAUAGGAUCGUCUCACAUCAGCCUGACAGAUUGAACUCAAAGUUCGGAAGCUGAUUUUUUUUUUGUGGUGCAGAAGAGCUACCCCUCCCUACUCCAGUGCUUCCCGGGCAGGGAUGGGUUAACAGGGAUCAACCAUGGUGGUGACCCAUCUGGCUCUGGAGCUGCGCUUCCAGGGGAAGAAACUAAGGGGCUUCUCGUGCAAAGUCACCCGCUCAGCCCACGGCUUCCUGCCAGAGAGUUCGUGGCUCAUCGGAUUCCAGGUCCUGCUGCCGUAUUUGGUGUCUGGCCUGGGCAUGGUGGCCGCUGGGAUAGUCAUGGAUGUGGUGCAACACUGGGAGGUGUUUAAGGAGAUCUCAGAGGUGUUUAUCUUGGUGCCAGCCCUGGUGGGGCUGAAGGGGAAUCUGGAGAUGACAUUGGCAUCCAGACUGUCAACAGCAGCCAACACAGGGCAGAUGGAUGACGCUCAGCAGCAGUGGAGGAUGGUUUCCUGUAAUUUAGCUCUCAUUCAGGUGCAGGCCACAGUUGUGGGCUUUCUGGCAGCAGUUGCAGCAGUGGUUCUCGGCGGUCUGACAAGGGGGAGAGUGGAUGUCACCCAGGCUGCUGUCAUGUGUGCCAGCAGCGUCACCACUGCUUUCAUCGCUGCACUGUCUCUAGGUCUGGUGAUGGUAGCAGUGAUUAUUGGAUCCAGGAAAGUGGGCAUUAACCCAGAUAAUGUGGCCACACCCAUCGCCGCCAGCCUUGGGGACCUCAUCACUCUGUCUCUGCUUGCUGGGGUCAGCAGCUUCUAUUUCUGUUACAGAGACUUGUGGUACCUUCCUGUUGUGGUGUGUGGCUUCUUCCUGCUCCUUAUCCCAUUGUGGGUCAUUAUUGCCCGUCGCUCUCUGCCAAUCAGAGAGGUCCUAAAGUCUGGCUGGCAUCCUGUUAUUUUGGCCAUGUCCAUCAGUAGUAUUGGCGGUCUGAUUCUGAAUAAGACGGUGAGCAAUCCGAACUAUGAAGGUAUGGCAGUGUUCACUCCAGUCAUCAAUGGUGUAGGAGGAAAUCUGGUGGCCAUCCAGGCCAGCAGGAUGUCCACUUACCUCCACUGCUGGAGUGUCCCUGGAGCUCUCCCACUUAAAAUGAAAGACAACUGUCCCAGACCCUGUGCUACCUUCUGCUCCUCAGAUGUGAACUCCAAAUCAGCCAGAGUCCUGGUUGUCCUUGUAGUCCCAGGUCACCUCCUCUUCCUGUACACCAUUCACCUCCUGCAGGGAGGCCAUACUGCCAUGACACCCACCUUCAUCAUCUUCUACCUGUCUGCAGCUCUGCUUCAGGUGGUGAUUUUGCUUUACGUGGCCAGCCUGAUGGUGCAGUGGCUGUGGCGAAGGGGACUGGAUCCAGACAACUUCUCCAUCCCCUACCUCACAGCUCUGGGUGACCUGCUGGGAACUGGCUUCUUGGCUCUGAGCUUCAGACUGAUCCUGAUGGUCAGUUCUGCUGGGACUGGAGUUUGACACAGACAUGUGGUCCUGACUCCUCUACACACUGAAUGUCCUGCUCUCUAUAUGCAAGUGGCUGAAACAUAGCGCAAAGUUCACUGAUUUAAGGAGUGAGGAAGUGAAGAGGAAAGGAUGAAAGAACACAGGAGGUAAGUAUAACAUUAUAUUUGUGCCUCAACACUGUGUGUGUGCAAUGAGAAAGGAAAAUAUUUGUCUGCAAGCACAAAUUUUAUUUUGAAGACAAAUUAUGAUGAAAAUAGAGUAGUAGAUUCUUAGGGCAUCUGGACUUCUUAGUAGUAAGAAUUUACUACUCAGAGCAUGACCUGGAUGACUGAGAACCCAUCAAAUCUGUUCUGUGCACAGUGGUGAUUGCAUGUGUCGUUGCAAUAAUGAAAUUGCAUAGCAAUAACCUCUCACUCAUUUGCUCUCAAAUUCCCUGCUCUGUUUCAAACCCUCUGAACAUCUUCUCAGUCAACAACUUCAGCAUUCUCUGAUGAAGUUUGCCAACCUGACAUAAUGUUACUGUAUGUCCAGGCAGAAGGAAAAGCCAGUUUUAGAUGCCCAAAGUGUCCGUGUAUUCACCUAGAACAGCACAAACUGACUGUCAAACUGUCUGUGCGAGUUGUUACAAUACAUUCACAUGUAUCCUGACACUUUAUGUUUCAGUUUCUGGUGAGUUCAGUCAGAGCCUGAGUUGAAAAUACAGUCAGCAUGGCAGUCGCUUGCUAGCUUACAGCUAAGGUGGAGUUGGUAGUCUGCACCGACUGCUUGGAACAAAUUAACUCAAAUCAUCUUUUUCUAUCUGAACACACCAUCAAA